AUGAGCUUAGCCGAUAAAUCGAUCGUAGAACAAUUCUUGAGCAAAAGAGACACCUGUUCAACCGAUAAUGAAUAUGAUGGUGAACAUGAUGGUGCCCGUAUCUCAGCAAUUUUUGUGAUCAUGGCAAGUUCUGCCUUUGGAGCAUUUCUCCCUCUCUUGUCAUCGAGAUAUUCUUUCAUCAGACUUCCCCCAUGGGUAUUUUUCAUUGCCAAAUUUUUUGGAUCUGGAGUCAUUAUCGCAACUGCAUUCAUUCAUUUAUUGGAACCAGCAGCGGACGCCUUGGGUAACGAAUGUCUUGGUGGUACAUUUGCCGAGUAUCCAUGGGCAUUCGGCAUCUGUUUAAUGACAUUGUUCGCGUUAUUCUUUGCUGAACUUAUGGUGUUCAGAAUGGUCGAUAAGAAAAUCGAGGGACAAAAUGAAUCCAACGCCCACUCCCAUUUCGGAGAUGAGGCUCUUUAUACCAAGAAAGAUUCCGAUGAAGAGGAGGAACACGAGCAAGACAAUACAUCCACCUCCAAGAAAGAUAGCCAACAAUACCCUAGUCACUUUCUGCAUGCUAAUGAGCAUCAAGAUCCUGAAAAUAUUGGCACUCUUGUAAAUCGGGAAGACAAGGAACAGUAUUAUGGGCAAUUGGUGGCAGUUUUCGUGUUGGAAUUUGGUAUUCUCUUCCACUCCAUUUUCAUUGGAUUGGCAUUGGCAGUUGCUGGCGAUGAAUUUGUCUCGUUGUACAUUGUGUUGGUAUUCCAUCAAAUGUUUGAAGGAUUAGGUUUGGGAACAAGAAUAGCCACUGCCACCUGGCCAAAGGACAAAAGAUAUACCCCAUGGUUGAUGUCUCUCGGCUACACACUCUGUACCCCAAUUGCCAUUGCUAUUGGAUUGGGUGUACGUCAUUCAUACCCUCCUGAGUCCAGAAGAGCAUUGAUCACCAAUGGAGUUUUUGAUUCUAUUUCUGCUGGCAUCUUGAUCUAUACUGGAGUCGUCGAGUUGAUGGCACACGAGUUCUUGUACUCCAACGAAUUCAAGGGAGAUGCCGGAUUCAAAAAGAUGUUGCAAGCAUACUUUGUGAUGUGUUGGGGUGCGGGUUUGAUGGCUUUAUUGGGUAAGUGGGCUUAA